AUGCCGCUCUCCCCGCACGCUAGCUCGUUCACCGUCUGCCACGCCACGGCGGUGAGAGAGAGAAGAAGUCCUCCUUAUCAGCUGGUCGCUUCGCUUCCGCUCGCCUUGUCCGGCGCCGCCGCGCGGCCGGCCCCGGCUGCGCCCGGCAUCAUCACCACGGUCUCCGACGGCCUCAUGGCGCCCGCUGACGCCGACGAGACUGAGCGCGUCGGAUUCGUGCUGCAAAAACUUUCAAUCUCGCCGACGCUUUAUGAGGCACCAAAUCGACCAGAGCCAGCAGAGCACUCCUCGCCUGGCUCAGUCGAGUCGGCGCCCGGUCGCGAUCGCAAAGUCCCCAGUUCGAAUCCAGUCGGGCCUGCUGCCGGCCUCGUUGGCUCGCCAGAGCUGCCGGGCUUGCCCAGCCUCGCUGGCGACUUUGGCGAGGCUGUGGUGGCUGCUGGGACCGACGACAUUGCGGCUGUGACCUCCACGCUGCAGAACAUCCGACUGGAGCUCGCACAGGGCGCCGCAGCAACCCGCGUUCAGCGGGCGAUGCGCGCGUUCCUGCUGCGCAAGGGCACCAUGAUCAUCAUGCUCCUCAUCACCAAGAUACAGGCCGCUGCGCGCGGCCUCAACACUCGCACUUCACUGACCAAGUUCUUCAAGGCCUGCCCGCCCAGCGGGCGCACCGCCGACCUCUUCCUCAGCCGCGUCUACGGAGGCCACGAGGGCGGGCGGCGGCGCGGCGGCGGCUACGUCGUCGACUUCAUCUACUGUCUGCGAUCUACUCGUCUUCCUCUCCCCUUCUCGGAAGCGUUGGCUCGAUUCCCUCUCGAAAUGUACAUCCCUCAUGACACAGUGCGCGGCUGCGACGGAACCAUCGGGUUCUGCAACCAACACGAGGUCACCGGAGAGCAGCUGUGCCUGCCUCCGCCCUCGUCCCCCUCCUCCUCCCGUGAGUCGCCCUGCCCCAGUCAUCCCGAGCACGACCUCGGGCGAGCCAGCCAGCCCCACUCUGCGGGCGCCAAGAAGAAGAAGAAGAAGACGUCGCGCACGCGGCAGGAGAAGAAACAAGGCAAGCGCGAGGCGGCGGCUCGAGAGGCUGCCGCUGCCGCGGCUGCCCACGCGGCUGCUCAGGCGGCCGCUCAGGCCGCUCAGGCGGCCGCUCUCGGACGGUACAGGUCCGUCAAUGCUUGGUUCUUUCCUCGCGGCGACUGGUAUACCUUGUACUGGGACGGCAGCACGGCCGACAAGGUCGCAAGGCGCGCCACCUACCCGACGCUCGAGCACGACAACUACGACCCCGGCCCCCUCGCAGAGCGCAUCAGGCGCGACAAGCGCGAGUUCUCCAUUUUCGGCGCAGAGCGCAUCAGGCGCGACCGCUCCUCCGACGACUCCUCCUCCGACCAAGACUCAUGCGGCACCGGCUCUACUAGCGAGGCGAAUGACAUAUUCGACACCCUCGACGACCAUCUCGGCUACGGUUCCGACUCCGGCUCCGGCUGGUAG